GGUCAUUUCACAAGUCCUUUGAAAUCUUGUGAGCUUGAAUUUAGCACACAAAUAUCCACUGUUGCCAGUGCUUUUGAUUUAGCCUGCCUAAUAUCUUCUCUUACUUAUCAUACGCCCUUGAAUUGAAAGUCGACUAUUAAUCUAUUUCCAAUCCCAUCUCAUACACUUGAUUUUUACCAUGGCCGACAACCAAACUGCUGGUGCCCCAGCUUCGCUCCCCCUCCCCCCUCAGGCGGCCGGCGCGCCGGGCCAGCAGCCCUAUGAUGCCUCCCAGGCCGCAGCAGCUCAAGGAAACCCCGGCCAUAUGGCGCCUCCUCUGGCUCCUGUCAUCAUUCCUCAAAACACGAACCCAAUUCCGACCGCAAUCACCUCUCCUAUGUCUGGUGUCAUGUCGCCUGGAAACACUGGAGGUGGCUUCGUUCGUCGAGCGGCCCCUGAGCCGAACAAGCGCGCUCUGUACAUUGGUGGACUGGACCCACGAGUGACGGAAGAUGUCUUGAGGCAAAUUUUCGAGACCAGCGGGCACGUGCAGAAUGUCAAAAUUAUUCCUGACAAGAAUGUUCAGAGCAAAGGGUACAAUUACGGCUUCGUGGAGUACGACGACCCUGGCGCCGCUGAGCGCGCCAUGCAAACUCUCAAUGGCCGCCGAAUCCAUCAGAACGAAAUCCGCGUAAACUGGGCCUACCAGGCCAACAGUGUCAACAAGGAAGAUACCACGAAUCAUUUCCACAUCUUCGUCGGCGAUCUCUCCAACGAGGUGAAUGACGAGGUCCUCCUCCAGGCUUUUUCCGCCUUUGGUUCUGUUUCGGAGGCGCGCGUUAUGUGGGAUAUGAAGACGGGCCGUUCCCGCGGCUAUGGCUUCGUCGCCUUCCGCGAGCGCGGAGAUGCCGAGAAAGCGCUGAGCUCCAUGGACGGAGAAUGGCUUGGCUCUCGCGCGAUUCGCUGCAACUGGGCGAAUCAGAAGGGUCAGCCCUCUAUUUCCCAGCAGCAAGCCAUGCAUGCCAUGGGCAUGACUCCUUCGACGCCGUACGGCCACCACCACUUCCCCACGCAUGGGGUGCAGAGCUACGACAUGAUUGUGCAACAGACCCCUCAAUGGCAGACGACAUGUUAUGUUGGUAAUCUGACUCCUUACACCACCCAAAACGAUCUCGUUCCCCUCUUCCAAAAUUUUGGUUUUGUGGUCGAGACCAGGAUGCAGGCCGACCGUGGUUUUGCCUUCAUCAAGAUGGACACGCAUGAGAAUGCCGCCAUGGCCAUUUGCCAAUUGAAUAGUUACAAUGUGAACGGUCGGCCGCUGAAGUGCAGCUGGGGCAAGGACCGCCCACCGACUGGACAAUUCGAUGGAUUCUCCGCCGCACAACAGGCGCAGGCGCAGGCUACUGGAUAUGGCCAGAACCCUUCCGCCUUCUUCCCUCAGUACGGCGGACCUGGUGGCCCAAUGGCUGCUUCUGGCCCGAGCCCUGCCGGUCAGCGUUGGGGACAGGAUCAGGCUGCUUUUGGUGGCCCUGGCAUGGCCACCCAGGCUUAUGGUGGCAUGCCCGGCGGUGCGGGUGGAUACGGUCGCGGUAACCAAGCUCAAGGCUCCCAGUGGGCUCAGCCGAAUACAGGCGCCUUUGGCAAUGUCGGCAACGGUUUUGCCGGUUACCAAGGUUAAGCAUUGCGUCUUUUCGAACGGAAGCGCAGCUGGGAAGGUCUUGCUAUGAUAACCAAUCCUUUGCGGAAAGUGUACAGUACUUGGGCCUUCCCCCCAUAUUAUUGGCGACACCUGCUGCUGUCCUCUCUGGGUCUCUGGCAUUUUUGAGAGGGGCGUCAUGGCAAAGGCAUUCAUAUCAAGUUUGUGAUGCUUCCGGUGGACGGUAGAUGGAAGAUUUGGAGUUCGAAUCGCUUACUUUCUCUUUUCGCUGAAAACCUGUUCAGGUCUCCACCUGGACAGCCAGCUUCAUAUUCCCUUCUUUUUUUGACAGCAUAAUGAAUCUCCUUUGUGCAUCUCCCAGUUAGUGGUUGUUCUUCCAAGUCAUCUUCCUUUUCCCGUCCUUUCUUUUUUAAUAAAAAGUUGCCAUAUAUUUGACUUUUCUUCUCUUCUGCAAGCUGCUGGUCUCUUUAU